AUCCCCUCCGCUCCCCGCCGGGGCUCCGCAGGCGGCGGGGAUGUCGUGCGCCGUCCCGGCGGCGGGGGGCAGCCAGCAGAGUCAUGAAGAAGAUGACAGGAAGGUAAGGAGGAGAGAAAAAAACCGAGUGGCUGCACAGAGGAGCCGGAAGAAGCAGACUCAGAAAGCAGAUAAACUUCACGAGGAAUACGAGUCUCUUGAGCAAGAAAAUACCUCUCUGAAAAGAGAAAUUGGCAAGCUAACAGAUGAAAUGAAACACUUGAGUGAAGUGUUGAAGGACCAUGAGAAGGUCUGUCCACUAUUGCACUGCACCAUGAACUUUGUGACCGUACCAAGGCCCGAUGCACUCACCAGCUGCCUACCAAGAUGAAAGCCUUUAAAUGGAAUGUGUGAAAGUGCCACUAAUGGGAUGUUUGAAGAACUGCCUACUUAUGGCACAGGUCUUCCAUGGAAGGGGGCUGGACUCGACCAUACAGCUCUUCUCCAUGUUGAAGUGUUAUAGUCUUCUGAAUCUCAGGAAAACACCAGUGUGGAUAAAAGACAAUUUGAACUGUGACUUCUUAUUUGGUAGAGUCUUUGAGCCAUGGUUUUGCAUCCAGACAUGUCAGAGUGGUAAAGUCCACCAUCGCCAAUGGAAUGGAGACAGGGAAAAGUACUCACCCUGGGCAGGGAUGUCUUUCUGCCACAUGUCCACAGACAGUAACCCUUUAUCACUUGUCACCCGUGUACAUCAUGU